AUGUCUUUUAUCAACGGCCGACAUACGGGGUCAACUCCCACGUUACAUCAUUCGAACAGCAAUAGGAGCUUGAACAUUCCCGACGAUGUUUCUGCGCGUUCCGCCAGGGAGCCUUCCGCCUUAGGGCCUGAGGCCCCGGCUGACGCCGAUGAUAACAUAUAUCGUACUGUUUUCGCAGAUCUGUAUCGCAAAACGGAGGACAGGGUUGCCCUGCUGUUUGGCGAUAGCGGCCAUUACAAUCGCGACGCGAUCGAUGCGCUUCGCCGUACCACUGCCAAUGCUGAGACCGGCACUCCGACUGUGCUACCUCCGACCACCGACCACGAAGACCCGCAGGAACCGCCUCGCAAGAAGGCAAAACGCGACAUUGACGAAGAUGACUAUGGUGAUGAUGAUGAGGACGACGGGGAGGGGGAUGGGCCGUCUGGCACUGCAGCAGCCAAGACGCGAACAUCGGCGGCUGGCGCGCUAUUGUCGCCUUCUAAAUCAGGCAGCUCGCCAGUACAGUCUGUAAAUUCGCCGGACAAGCAACUGGUCAAGGUCAAGAUCGAGCCAUCGACGCAGUCGCAAGAGAAGGAUGCAGGCAACGAUGCCAUCAAGACGCUGGAAGAGGAACACAUGGCCGCGGAGGAGGCAGCGCGGAGAAGUUUCCACACUAUACUAUAUACUCUAGAGAAUGACCGGGCGGCUAUGCUUGAACAGCAACGAUUGGAAGAUUCGGAAAAGCAGCUUCAGGCAGAGAUGGACCACAACACAAACCCGAAUGCUACCGGCCAGGCCGCGACCAAUCAGGGAUCUCUGGCCAGCGCCAAUCUUGGAGCGUCAAGCCUGACGCUCAAACACCUGAUUGCGCGUAUCGAUAUGAGGCGCGACGAGGUUGAGGCGUCCGAUGCCGAGUUGCGAACGCUCAUGAACGAGGUUAGGAAGAAUCGCAGCAAGUGGGCUAGCGAGGAGAACGUGAACCAGGAGGAGCUGUAUGAGGCGCUCGAGAAAGUCCUCACGGAACUCAAGGCCCAUACUGAGUACUCGACGCCGUUUCUGACAAGGGUCAUGAUCAAAAAUCCUAUGGAUCUUGGUACCAUGACCAAAAAGUUGAAGACACUCAGCUACAAGUCGAAGGACGAAUUCGUCACGGAUCUGAACCUUGUUUGGGACAACUGCUUGCGCUACAACCAAGACAUGAACCACCCCCUUCGACGCAUGGCUAACGGCAUGCGCAAAGAAGCAGAGAAGCUCAUUCCGCUGAUUCCAGAUCUCGUCAUCCGGUCACGUGCAGAGGUAGAGGCCGAGGAACGUCGUAAACAGAACGGCGGCGAGGAUGAUGCCGCAGAUGACUCGGACGACGAGCCGAUAAUGUCGUCUCGCGGUCGAGUUACCGGGACCAAAGGCGCCAGUGUGACCGCGAACAAAUCGAGGAAAGCGCCCAGCGAGAAAAGGGAGGACACACCCGUGGUGGAUCAGAAACCUGUGCUUCAAGUCAAUGGGCUCCUGGGGAAGCACGGCCGUGAGAACUCCGAAGCUGUUGAGGGAAGCAAUGGGUUUGGGACCCCCCCAAUAGGGGGUUCCAACACUCCAGCUGGGAUCCAUGGCGCCUCUGGAGUGGCUAGCAAUGCUGACGCGAUGGAUGUUGACGGGCCCAGCUUGAAUGGGCUGGCCCUCGACUCGGCGUACAACGAGGCUGUAGAGCAGGCCUUUGAGGACGAGGAGUACAAGAUCUGGAAGCAGACCACGAAGAAGGAUCGUGCCCUCGCUGCAAAGGAACGUCAUUUUUUGUUCAAGGACAAUAAGUUGAAUCUAGAGGCUACCGCCGCACUUCGAACCAAGGCGGCCAUGCGCCGGUUCCUCAAGCACCAGCAAGAGGCAGCGACAUUGGGCAGCAAGGAUGCUGCGGCCGACGACGCCGGGGCCUCGACCAACCACACGAGCCAAAAACCUGCGGAGACACUGGCUGAAGGCAUUGACGAGGAAGUAGAGAGAGUGAUCCCGGACCACUAUGACGCGCUCAGCAAUAUUCCCGACAUCCAGGCCAACUUUCGGUGGAUCGAGGACGGCGAGGGUCACGUCAUCAACCAGCACGAGGAUUUCUUGCGUCUGGCCCCAGAGGGCGCGUUUCGGGCACCGCAAAGUCGUCUGUCAAAGAAGAUUGACGACAAUAUCCACCAGAUCCAGGAGACGCGCAAGCUAGUGAACAAGAUCUCGGUCAUCAAGCAGAUGCAGGUCCAAACUCAGGUCUUUUCAAAUCAGUUUCCCAAGAUCAACUCGGAAGGUUUCCACGAGCAAGACAUUGAGCCGCACUUUAUUGCGGACAAUGGGCCCGUUAUGGCAGCCGAGACCUGCCACGAUGCUUUGCGUCGCUCUGUCACCAAGAUUUUGUACCACACUGGCUUUGAAGAGACCCAGCCGUCGGCUGUGGACGCCUUCACCGAUAUCGUGGCAGACUACUUCCAGAAGCUUGUCAAGACAUUCAGCACAUAUACUGAGGUGGAGCAGAUGUCGGUUGUCACCAAGGACGGUACCAAAGUGGAGUCUAGAUACACCCCGGAGGAGGCCGUCCUGCAUACGCUGGAUGAGAAUGGGUACGAUGUGGAGGCGCUUGACACUUACGUCAAGGACGACUUGGAUCGACAAUCAAGCAAACUCGCCACUAUGCACGACAGGAUGAAGAAUCACCUGACAGAUCUCCUCCGCCCUGCCUUGACAGGCGAGGAGGGCACUGACGGCGUCGGAGCCUUCAAAGACGGCAGUGACACGUUUGUCAGCGGCGAUUUCGCCGAUGAUCUCGGAGAGGACUUUUUCGGUUUCAAGGCACUCGGGCUGGAUGGGGAGCUGGGAGGCGCGCUGGCCGUGCCGUUCCACCUCCUUCAGACGCGCGUACGGAACCAGUACCAGAUGCAGACACAGACCGCAGGUCCGGAUGUGGCCGACCUCUUCGAACCCCCUGAGCCGCUCGAACCAAUCACCAAGGGCAGUAUCCAGGGACAUAUUGGGCUGGUCAAGAAUUUCUUCUGGGCCAAGCUACACGCUAAUGGCGAUCAGCCACUGGUCGAGGACGAGGAUCUUCCGGUCAAGCAAAGAAAACCACGUCCUCGUCUCGGUGCUACUGGCAAGAUCGUCUCCGCUCAGAAGCGGCCGCCCAAGGAGCAGCUCGCACUGGCUAAGAAGAAGAAGAAGCUCGAGGCAGCCGCUGCGGAGGCGAAGCUCAACGCGUCACCCGGAAAGGCUGGCUCGGCCAGCAACACGCCCAUGAAGAAGAAGUCCCUGCCCAACGGCACCAUGCCGAACCCUGCCGUCCUAGCGCUAGCGCCCUCCAUGGAGCGUUCCGACAGUAUGCAAAGCCAAGGUGGUGCCAGUCAGACAGACAAGGACGAGGGCACAGGCAUGAUGAGCCCAGAGAGCAUUGCCCAAUAG